AUGUACUCCUUUGGAACCUUGUACAAGCCAGUGAAGAACGUCUUGAGCACUGGUGCUUCUGAUAAAAUUUCUCUCUCUGUCAAUACCAAGGCUAAUCCAGAUUUCAGUGUUGGUAUUAGCGGAAGCAGAACUGAAAGCGGAAAGGUUGACUCUGCUCUCUCUUGGUCCCAAAAGUUGAAGUGCCACGGUGUUGCUUGCACUGUUAAUGGAUCAUUGGAUCAAGAUGCCACCGUUAAAGUCUCCGUUGCUGCUAAUGGUGUUGCUAAAGGUUUGAAUGCUGAUCUCAACACCAAGAUGAAGACUGAGGGCGCUGAAAACAACGUUACCGGUACUUUGGAUUACACUGCUGAAAAGUUCCAUUUGACUGGACAUUUUGAUUACACCACUGGAAAGGAUUUGCUCCUUGCUUCAAGCGUUACUGGUCGAGUUGUUGAUGGUUUGGUUGUUGGUGCUGAAGCACAAAUCAAGGGUUAUCCACCAGUCGAUAAAAAGGAUUUGUUGAAGAAGUACACUCUCGGUGCUAGAUAUUCCAUGAAGAAUAUUCACAUUGCUGCUCAAUUGGAGGAAUCAUUGAAGAAGAUUAGAGUUGGUUAUGCUCAACAAAUUGAUGAUAGUGUUACUGUUGCAGGUGAAUUCUUACAUGAUUUGAAGUCCACCGAUAAGCCAACAUUCACUCUCGGUACAUCAUACACAAUUGACAAGGAAUCAUCCGUCAAGGCUAACAUCAAUACCAAGGGUGUUGUUAAUGCUACCUACACUCUCGUUGUUAACCCACGUUUGACCACUGCCGUCUCCGUUGAGUCAAGCGUCUUCACUAAGUCUGUCUCCAAGGUCGGUCUCUCCAUCUCUUAUGAUGCUUAA